AUGAAGCUGUCAGGUUUCUUGAAAGCGCUCGGCGCGCUUGUGCAGGACGUUGAGGAAGAGACAUUCGAGUUAUUUGCACAAGAUCUGCCCUCCCAGAACCUCGGCUUCGUCGAUAACAAAGCCUCAUCGCUCGAACUCACAAACAUUGCAGGACAAGACUUCCAUAUCACUCAGUCUCCGACCAUCCUUUCAUCAAACCGUGCCGGCGGCACAACAGGAGCUGUCGUUUGGAAGAUCACCCCGCUUUUCGCAGAAUGGCUGUCGUCACCAAGCAACCCGCUCUUCACCCACGGUCUCCUCUCACCGUCAUCCCUUGUCCUCGAACUCGGCUGCGGCAUAUCCGGCCUGGUCGCUCUGCUGCUGGGCCCUCGCAUAUCUCGCUACGUCCUGACUGACCAGUCGUAUGUCGCCAGGCUGGUCGAGCAGAACAUCGCCGAGAACCGACACCGACCCGCCUCCGCAGCCGCCAAGACUGUCCGGCCCUCCAAGACGCGCCCGGCCCCGCCGUCCCGGCGAGGAUCCCCGGCCCCAGUUUCGGCGGGAAACGUCUCCCGGGACCGGGGCGGAGCGGCAGGGAUCCACUUCACCCCGCUGGACUGGGAGACGGAUCAAGUCACCUCGGCGCUGACGGGCUCGGCCGAAGCCAAGAGCUUCGACGUCGUCGUGGCCUGCGACUGCAUCUACAACGAGGCGCUGGUCGAGCCGUUUGUGUCGACGUGCGUGGAUCUGUGCCGGCUCCGGGCUGGUGAGAUAUCGCAGGACGCAGACGAAGAGCCUUGCGUGUGCGUGAUCGCGCAGCAGCUGAGGGAUCCGCUCGUGUUCGAGGCGUGGCUGACGCGGUUUGCGAAGUCGUUUCACACGUGGCGGGUGCCGGACGGGUUGUUGAGCCAGGGAUUGCGGAGCAACUCGGGGUUCGUGGUGCAUGUUGGGGUGUUGAAGGAUGCUAUUAGUCUAGAGGUAGUAUGA